CCGAGUAAAGAUGGCGGCGGCCAGGUGUUGCAGGCUAGCGCUCCGCGGGCCGGGGCUGUCAUUGCACACUGCGGCCGAAGCCGCCGUCACGGGUCGAGAAGUGACCGGCCCCGAUGUCACGGCGGCCCCCGUGGCGCGCUACCCGCCGAUUGUGGCCUCCCUGACGGCCAAGAGCAAGGCGGCACGGCAGCGGCGAGUGGAGCGGUGGCAGGCGACGGUGCACGCGGCCGAGUCGGUGGACGAGAAGCUGCGAAUCCUCACCAAGAUGCAGUUCAUGAAAUACGUGGUUUAUCCGCAGACUUUCGCCCUGAACGCUGACCGCUGGUAUCAGGACUUCACCAAGACCGCGUUCCUGUCGGGCCUGCCGCCGCCGCCCGCCGAGCCCGCCCCCGCCCUGGACCUCGCGGCCCUGCGCGCCGCCGCGUGUGACUGCCUCCUGCAGGAGCACUUCUACCUGCGGCGCAAGGGGCGCCUUGCGCUCUACCAGGAACGCGAGGCUCUCGCCUCGCCCUUCCUGGAUCAGCUGGUGGCCACCCUCAUGGGCCUGCUCGGCGCGCACAACCCAGCCCUGGCCAGCGCCACCCUCGAUUGCAAAUGCCCGGUUCACUUUUACUGGUUGCGAGGUGAAGAAAUUAUUUCUAGGGGUCAUCGGAAAGGUCGAGUUGAUGCUUUGCGAUACCAAAUAAAUGAUAAACCGCACAACCAGAUUCGAAUAUCCAAACAACUCCCAGAGUUUGUGCCGCUGGAUUAUUCUGUACCUGUCGAAAUCCCUGUUAUAACUUGUAAGCCAGACAAACUUCCAUUAUUCAAACGACAGUAUGAAAAUACCAUAUUUAUUGGCUCAAAGACAGCAGAUCCAUACUGUUACGGUCACACACAGUUUCAUCUGUUACCUGACAAACUGAAAAGGGAAAGGCUUUUGAAACGGAACUGUGCCGAUCAGAUAGAAGUUGUUUUUAGAGCUAAUGCUAUUGCAAGCCUCUUUGCUUGGACUGGAGCACAAGCUAUGUAUCAAGGGUUUUGGAGUGAAGCAGAUGUCACUCGGCCGUUUGUCUCUCAGGGUGUGAUCACAGAUGGAAAAUACUUUUCCUUUUUCUGCUAUCAGUUAAAUACUUUGGCACUGACUGCACAAGCUGAUCAAAAUAACCCUCGUAAAAAUAUAUGUUGGGGGACACAAAGUACGCCUCUUUAUGAAACAAUUGAAGAUAAUAAUGUGAAAGGUUUUAAUGAUGAUGUUCUACUCCAGAUAGUUCACUUUCUACUGAACAGACCAAAAGAAGACAAAUGACAGCUGUUGGAAAACUAAGAAGAAAUAACUGAUUCAGGACUUUGGGAAUACUUCAGUUUCACUGAAGGGAAAAUAAAAGGAAUUUUAAUAAU